AUGGCUUACGCCAAUGUCACUGUCACUGUCUUUACUCAGUUCUACCUGGUGGGAUUUCCAGGACUCCAUUCACAGUAUUAUGGAGCUGUAGGGACGUUUUUGUUCUUUGUCUACUUGACACUAGCGGGAGGAAAUAUCUUUAUUAUGUCAUUUAUUGCUUAUGAGAGAAGCAUUCAGAAGCCCACUUAUUUAAUCUUCUGUAAUCUUGCUGUGUCUGAUUUUACUUUUGGAACUGUCACACUGCCUACAAUAAUUACAAAAUACCUAUUCAACAUCAGCACUAUAUCUUUUUAUGGUUGCUUUGUGCAGAUGUUUUUUGUUCAUUAUUUAGGGAGUGUUAAUUCUUUCAUUAUGAUGUUAAUGUCCAUUGAUCGCCUUAUUGCAGUGCUUAACCCUCUUAGAUAUUGUGCACUUAUUACAAAUAAGACUAUAUUCAUUGCAUGUGCAGUUAUUUGGAUGAUGCUAAUGGCUUUGUUGGCAUUCCUUGUAUACCAAUCUGUUGAGGAGCCCUUCUGUGCUUCUAAUGUAGUAAACCAUAACUAUUGUGACCGUAACACAAUAAUGAAACUAUCUUGUCAAGAUAUAAAGCAGAAAAUCAAUUUUUCAUUUUCAUGUGCCAUGUUUGUUCUCUUGGGCCCUUUGGUUGUCAUUAUAUUUUCCUAUAUUGCCAUCAUUACUUCUGUUUUCAAAAUCUCUGAAAUAAAGGCCAGAUAUAAAACAUUCUCAACUUGCACUCCCCAGCUUCUUAUCAUUUGCCUGUACUAUGUGCCCAGAUGUGUUGUCUAUGUGUAUGAUUUCAGAGUUGCAUUCAAUCCAAGCAUUCGGAUUAUGUUGGUUAUGUGGUAUAGUCUGCUCCCUCCUGUUGUCAAUCCAUUGAUAUACUGCUUCAGAACCAAAGAAAUCAAAAAUGCUUUAAGGAGGAAAAGCCAACAAAGGAAAGUUGGCAUGCAGAUGAAAAUGCUGUGGAGCAGAACAUAA